CAGUCCUCCUUGCCUGUUAGGGGAAGAACGUUCUGGUCAGAAACGAAGUGUCGAAAAGAAAAAUAAAAAAUAAAAGUGUCCGGCGAUUUUGAAAAUAGAACCUGCGCGCCAUAUUGUGUCGUUCCGUGAAAAUGAUUCGAAUUUGAAGAUUUUAUUUUAAUGAACAUUUUUUUUGUGUUUCACUAUUAUUAUUAUUAUCUCUUGUACCAUAUAAUCGAACCAAAUGCAGCAAAAUGGGAAAAAAUUCUCGGGAAAGCAAGCUAUCUUUGUUGAUACUUUUAAUUUUAUAUGGAAUAGCUGAUAUAAGAUCUAGUCUCCCCGUAGAGUUGACUUCUGAAGAGAAAGUCCCAGUUCAAGCAACAACACCGUCCCAAAUGUCUACAUCAUUAACUGCGAUGACGUCAAACGUGUCUACAACAACACACGCGACGGCAAUAGCUCCAAUACCCCCGAGCGACAGAGACAGAUUCCUGACAUUUGCGGAAUCUGGACACCACAGGACGUUUAUGUUCGCGAAAGACAAUACGUAUAUUCAACUGGAUGGUGAUAUCAUACAAAGGUUUCAGUUGAGACUAUGCAGAGAAAUUUCUUUCAAAUUCCGCACAAGAUUACCGCACGGUCUAUUGGUGUAUCAUAAUGUCAAAAACCCUGUCUUCAAAAUGCAGCCCUACGCUUUAUACGUUAUAGUGGAAAAGGGCGAAUUGAAAGUGGUCCACGUUUUCGGUAAACAUCUAACUUCAGUGACCGUAGGUCGCGCACUCAACAGAGACGAAUGGCAUAGUGUAGUUGUAACUAUUGAUGUACACGGAGCCAGGCUGAUAGCUAAGGUCGAUCAGCUGAAGGAAGAAGUUUAUUUGAAGGGAUUGAGUUUUGACACCAAUUAUGGCAUCACUGAUAAUCUAACUUCGGUCAUUUUGAUUGGCGGUCUCAGCUCGGAAGAGAAGCUUCACGGCGUCAAAUAUAUUAUAGAGUCAUUUGUUGGUUGUAUUAGUGAUAUAGUAUUAAGUUCGGGUAAGGCGGCUUCGGAUCUGCUUCCGAUAGUCCCAUUGAUAGCUACGAAACAUGAAAACGUAAAGGAGGGCUGCGUUGAUAAAUGUAAGACGAUGAAAAACCUUUGCUUCGAAGGUUCUAGAUGUAUCAACGAGUACAACGGCUACAGAUGCGAUUGCUUCGGUACUUUGUACGAGGAACAACUGUGCGAUGUUUAUACGGCCACUGUUUUAACGCUCAGAGGCUCGAGUUACGUCUCGUACAGAGUGUACGAUUGGAAGGACCGAGUGCAUUCAGCUAACACAAGAGUCAGCUUACAUUUCAAGACGAGGUUCGAUGAUUCAGCACUGUUUUAUGCCAGUGGUCAAAUAGAUGAAAAACACCAUUACAUAGCUUUAUCGAUCCACCAAGAGAAGGUGGCAAUACAAAUAGACUUAGGCGAUGGUCCAGUUGAAGAUUAUUUAGGACAGAACGUUAAUAACAACGAAUGGCACAAUCUCACUGUUAUAUUACACGAGAACACUGUAUUUGUUUAUUUGGAUGAAAUCUCUGAAACAUAUGAAGUCCACGGAACUACUAGAUAUGUAUGUAUAGAUCCAGAGAUAUACAUAUGCGGGGGACCUGAUCUAUACAAGAUGAAAGGGCUGAAAUCAUUCAAUAAUUUCGCUGGGAACUUAAAGUACGUUUAUUAUAACGACGUUUCAAUAUUGUACGAAUUGAAACAGAACAAUCCAAAGGUACACUACAUCGGGGUAUUGGAUCCAGAAUUUGAAGAGAUCGAUAUAGAAGUUAUACCUAUAACGUAUCCGUUCGCCACGUCACACAUCUGGUGGCCUUUGAACCAAAGCAACAGUAUCAACUUGAUAUUUGAUUUUAAAACAAGUAAGAACAUGGCUGUUUUGGCUUACAGUCAGAUCACAUCCGGCCAAGGUCACUGGGAGGUUAGAAUGGUAAAAGAGGAGAUUAGAUUCGAACUGGUACCAGAUGUCGGGAAGAAUGUGACCGUACUGAAAUCAGUGAAGUUCAAUGUUAGCAGUGAUUGGCACAACGUUGAACUGGAUUAUAGGAAAGGACGAAUCAAAUUAACCGUCGACUAUCAUAAUAAACACGCGCAGAUGUUUGGUCUCGACUUCGAAUUGCAAGACAAAAUCGUUAUAGGAAGCGGUCUUAAAUCGGCGAACUUAGGUCUCAUUGGCUGUAUGAGAAACAUCAAAAUAAAUGGACUCCUUAUAGAGCCUAGAUACGUUAUAAACACUGAGAGAGUGGUAGGAGAAGUAGCCAUAGAUGACUGCAGAUAUGUAGAUCCAUGCACUAGACCCAAUACUUGUGAACAUGGAGGUAUAUGUUCUAUUAGAGAAGACAGAGUUAUUUGUAAUUGCGAUAAUACAGGUUACAUAGGUGAGAACUGUCAUUUCGCGACGUUCCGUAAGACUUGUGAAGAACUAGCCCUUCUGGGUUACACGCGUAACGACGUGUACCUCAUAGACAUCGACGGCAACGGUCGGUUCCCACCCGCGCACGUCAAGUGCGAGUUUCAGAUCGAAGCAGACUCCUCUACUACGGUCGUCGAACACAACCUGCCCAGUCAAGUGGACGUGCGCUCAGCAUCGGGACAAGAUUUCAGUUUUAAAAUCAAGUACAGAGAGUUCAGCGCGGAGAUGCUGCAAGAAUUGAUCUCUCAUUCUUUGUAUUGUCGUCAGUACAUAAAGUACGAUUGUAAUAUGGCGCCACUUGAAUUACACAGCGCAACAUGGUUUAUAUCUUCUUCUAAUGAUGCAGUGGACUUUUUAGGAAACGUCAAAAGAGGCUACUGCCCUUGCGGGGUAAACGCAACGUGCGUAAACCCACUACAAGCUUGCAACUGUGACGCCAACGAGAAUAAAUGGCAUUCAGACGAGGGAACUUUAGUGGACCCUAAAAGUUUGGGCAUCACCGAGAUGUUUUUCCUGCAGCAAAAAGACUUGACUGAAGAAGCCCAGGGGAGGAUCACAUUGGGACCACUGGAAUGCGUCGAAACUAAUACCCAACGCUACGUUGUAACCUUCACGACCUCCCAAUCGUACAUAGAGGUCCCGGGGUGGCGCAAGGGAGACAUCGCCUUCAGUUUCCGUACGACCGGUACCAGCGCCAUACUGCUGUUCCAACCGCCGAUACGACCUAACUACCCCUCUUUUAUGGUUGCUCUGACUAGCGAGCACGAACUAACAUUCAACUUCACGCUAAAUACCGGAACAACCAGGAAACUAGUAAUAAACUCGAAGAGGAAACUAAACGGUGGGGAAUGGCACAAGAUAUGGAUUGAUUAUAACUUCUACCACGUGAGGUUCAUGCUGAACACUGAGUACCAGAUGCUCAACUUGCUAUUGGAAGAAGAGUUUGGACCAUUCGAAGGGUCUAUGUUCAUUGGUGGUGCUACUGCAGAUUACUUGAAGAAAUCAACAGUGAAUCAAGGGCUAAUAGGUUGCUUCAGAGGUUUGGUAGUUAACGGCGAAGUGCUAGACAUCUACAGUUACAUGUCAGUUCAUUUGUCCGAAAUAAUAAAGGAUUGUAAGCCAUCUUGCGUUCCCAAUCCUUGUCAGAACAAAGCUAUUUGCAAGGAGCUGUGGUCGAGCUAUGAGUGUAUUUGUAAAAAUCGUUGGGCUCAUCUAGGGGCUCACUGUGAGGAAAAUAUAAACGAGAAAGCUCUAACGUUUCAAACCAGAGAGUCGUAUCUGAAAAAGAACUAUUUAUUUGACGAAGAAACGGAUGCCGAAAAGAAUCGGCUUAAAAAAAUGAUGACUGAAAAUGUUCUUAUGAAUUUAAGAACAUACGACAACAACGCACUAGUGCUAUACGCUAAUGACAAUCUCAAUAAUUUCAUACAUUUAUUCAUCAACAACGGAACGCAAAUAAUUUAUCUCUUUAAUCACGAAGAUGAAAUUAUACAAAUGAAUGUUACGUACGAGAAAAUAAAUAAAGGGGAAAGUGUACAAAUAGCUAUUAUAAGAAGUGAGAACACAACCACUUUACAUGUUAACGAGAAUAAUAGUACAAUUGAUGUUGUAGCUAAACUACUUACGAACUAUACUAAUAAACCUUGGAUGAAUCCAGAACUUGAGGUGAUCAGACCUCAAAGGCCGCCAGCGCCUCCGACUGACUAUUUCCAAAUGAACCUCGGAGGAUACGAUUCGUACUCACUGCACUUGGCGCCGCGGGCCGCAGUAAUCCCUCAAGGCGGUUACGUUGGCUGCGUCAGAGGAUUCAAAAUAUCAGACCAUGUCGUCGAUCUUUCUAGAAAAGCCCAGGAUAAUGUUGAUCAAGAUCUGACGGGAGUGCUACCGGAAUGCAACAUGAAGUGUGACUCGGAGCCGUGCAAGAACGGCGGCGUCUGCACCGAGGACUUCACGAACCAGGAGAGCAGCUGCGACUGCGAGCUCACCAGCUACUUCGGGGAGUACUGCAUGGAGGAAAAGGGCGCGGACUUCAACGGGGAAAGUAUAUUGCAGAGGAAAUUCGUGCACAGUAAUACGGUGCCGAUAUCUAAGGUGAAAAUUAAACUGGCAUUUUCAAGUAACGAUUUACGACAGAAGAAUACAGUUCUGUUAUUAGUCCAGACGGAAAAUAAACGCAGCUACUAUCUACUAGUCGCCAUUACACAGGAUGGAUACCUCAAGUUCGAGGAGGAUCGCGAAGCGCACGGAGCAUACGGGGCCGAAUUUAAGAACAGAAACUUCUUGAACGGAGCCAGACACACAGUUUACUACACCAGAACAGGCCAAGAAGCCAGACUGAUGAUAGACAGAAUCGAAAUACCCUUAGAGCUGUUGCCGCCUCAAGGUCUCUGGGAAGUGUUCGACGUUGGCUCCAGUGAAGUCCAGAUAGGGGGACUGAAUACCACCGACCCCAGACUUAAGAUAUAUAAAGGAUACAACGGCUGUUUGUCCAAUAUAUUCGUAGAGAUAAACGACUACAUAAUGAAGCCGCUCGAAGAGUACAUGCUCUUCACUCGGUCGGACGUUGAGAAAGUGAACGCCGUGAACGCGCAGGGAGUCCGGAGCGCGCAGUGCUCGGCCGACUUCGACGAGGCCUGGCCCGAACACGAGCUCGGCUCCACGCACAACGGGAGCUUUCUUAUUAGUGUCGACAAGACAUGGGUAGAAGACCCGCCUUCAAGGAUACCCUACGAUUCACUAUACCAUCAGCCUGAUGCUGAAGAAGAAAACACAGAUAAAUUAUUUAUAGCUCUCAUUGUUAUUUUCUUACUGGGAUUGUGCUACUGCGGUUAUCAUAUGUGGCGAACUCAGAAAGCUUACAGGCUUAAUUUAGAAAAACUGACUGACGAGAAGAUAGUGAAAAGCAAAGAAAUGGCUUCAAAACUUCAGGAACCGAGCAUCUCACUGUUACAGUUAAAUACAACGGAAAACGAUAAUCAAGAUGGCGACAAGAAAUCGAAUGGCGACGCAACGCCAGCUGUUGUCAUUGAAGUCGUUAACGAAGAGAAACCGAACAACAGAAAGGGAUCUUUGAGGUUUCGAGAUUUGUCUGAACGAUGGGAGACUUUAGAAGAAAAGGACGAAACUUCAGAAAAUGAUGACGAAGAACCAGAACUUAACGGGCACGACGAAGAUUCUAGCAUUCUUGAAAAUGAGAUUACAUCAAAAAAUGAAAUACUACAUAAUCCGCAGCUAUCACCGAAUAUUGACAACGAAACAGGAAACGAACUGCAAGCUAAUGCAUGAUUUGAAAAUAAAUAUUUUUACAACAA